AUGUUUAUGGUGGUUCCAUACUGCCCUUACCAACCGACAACACGACUUCCACACUUCCAGGUUUUAUACUCUGAGCUCUUGUAUUAUCUAAUCUAUCGAUCGUUGUAUAUUAUUCGUCAACUUCCUUCUUUAUCUGGUACACUUUUUCAGGAAUACUUUGAAAAGAUAGAGAGACUUAUUGUGAAUGAUGGGAAUUAUGCUAGUAUGAAAAGGGGUAUUGAGAUGAUUGCUUCUGCGGCUAAGAUCUAUAAGGUGAUUGGGAAGCAUGAUCUUCUAGAUUACUACUUUUGA